GGGCGGCGCGCGCCGGGUACGCGCGCCGGCGACCAUGGCGCUCGCCCGGCUGGAGCGAGUACUUUAACCCCGGGAGGCGACCGCAGCUGCGGCGGCCGGGGAGCGAGCCUCGAGCGGGCGGGCCCCUGCCUGAGGGAAGGGAGGAAGGGGCGGGGAGAGCGCCUGAGGGAGGCCUGUCGGCCGCGGGCGGGCGGGCAGUGCAGUGCAGCGCAGCGCCGAGCGGGGCCCGCGGGUCCAUGAGGAGGCCCCGGGACCAUGGGCUCCAGGAUCAAGCAAAACCCAGAGACUACAUUUGAAGUGUAUGUGGAAGUGGCUUAUCCUAGGACAGGUGGCACUCUUUCAGAUCCUGAGGUGCAGAGGCAAUUCCCAGAGGACUACAGUGACCAGGAAGUUCUACAGACUUUGACCAAGUUUUGUUUUCCCUUCUAUGUGGACAGCCUCACAGUUAGCCAAGUUGGCCAGAACUUCACAUUUGUGCUCACUGACAUUGACAGCAAACAGAGAUUCGGAUUCUGCCGCUUAUCUUCAGGAGCCAAGAGCUGCUUCUGUAUCUUAAGCUACCUCCCCUGGUUCGAGGUAUUUUAUAAGCUCCUUAACAUCUUGGCAGAUUACACGACAAAACGACAGGAAAGUCAGUGGAAUGAACUUCUUGAAACUCUGCACAGACUUCCCAUCCCUGAUCCUGGAGUGUCUGUUCACCUCAGUGUGCAUUCUUACUUCACUGUGCCUGAUAGCAGAGAGCUUCCCAGCAUACCUGAGAAUAGAAAUCUGACAGAAUAUUUUGUGGCUGUGGAUGUGAACAACAUGUUGCAUCUGUACGCCAGCAUGCUGUAUGAACGCCGGAUCCUCAUCAUCUGCAGCAAGCUCAGUACCUUGACGGCCUGCAUCCACGGCUCAGCUGCCAUGCUCUACCCUAUGUACUGGCAGCAUGUGUACAUCCCUGUGCUGCCCCCACAUCUGCUGGACUACUGCUGUGCUCCCAUGCCCUACCUCAUAGGAAUCCAUUUAAGUUUAAUGGAGAAGGUCAGAAACAUGGCCCUAGAUGAUGUUGUGAUCUUGAACGUGGACACCAACACCCUGGAAACUCCUUUUGAUGACCUCCAGAGCCUCCCAAAUGAUGUGAUCUCCUCCCUGAAGAACAGGCUGAAGAAGGUCUCUACAACCACAGGUGAUGGGGUGGCCAGAGCCUUCCUCAAGGCCCAGGCUGCUUUCUUUGGGAGCUACCGGAAUGCACUGAAAAUUGAGCCAGAAGAACCCAUCACUUUCAGUGAGGAAGCCUUUGUAUCCCACUACCGCUCUGGAGCCAUGAAACAGUUCCUACAGAAUGCCACACAGUUGCAGCUCUUCAAGCAGUUUAUCGAUGGCCGACUAGACCUUCUCAAUUCCGGUGAAGGUUUCAGCGAUGUCUUUGAGGAGGAAAUCAACAUGGGAGAGUAUGCCGGCAGUGAUAAACUGUACCAUCAGUGGCUGUCCACAGUCAGGAAAGGAAGUGGUGCGAUUCUGAAUACUGUAAAAACAAAAGCUAACCCAGCCAUGAAGACUGUCUACAAGUUUGCAAAAGAUCAUGCAAAAAUGGGAAUAAAAGAGGUGAAAAACCGCUUGAAGCAAAAGGACAUCACGGAGAACGGCUGUGUUACCUCUGCAGAAGAUCCACUACCAAAGACCAUGCCAUCCCCACAGGCAGAGACCCAGGACCCCAGACUUCGAGAAGACCGGAGACCAAUCACAGUCCACUUUGGGCAGGUACGACCUCCUCGUCCACAUGUCGUCAGGAGACCCAAGAGCAACAUCACUGUGGAAGGCAGGAGGACAUCUUUCUCAAGCCCUGAGCACCUGGUAAAGCCCUUGCGACACUAUGCUGUCUUCCUCUCUGAAGACUCCUCUGAUGAGGAAUGCCGACGGGAAGAGGCCCCCAGCACUGGCUUCACUGAAAGCCUUUUCUUCUCUGCUCCCUUUGAAUGGCCACAGCCAUACCGGACAUUGAAAGAAUCAGACAGUGCAGAAGGUGAUGAGACCGAGAGUUCAGAGCAGCUAGUUCGAGAACCCUGGGGACCUACUCCUGCUCCACCUGACCGAGCUGCCAGCAUUGACCUUCUAGAAGAUGUCUUCAGCAGCCUAGACGUGGAGGCACCACUGCAGCCGCUGGGCCAAGCCAAGAGCCUGGAGGAUCUCCGGGCCCCCAAAGACUUGCGGGAACAGCCAGGGAGCUUUGAUUACCAGAGACUGGACCUGUGCAGAAGUGAGAGGGGCCUUAGCAUGGCUGCAGCCUUGAAGCUUGCUCAUCCAUAUACUAAGCUCUGGAGUCUGGGUCAGGACGACAUGGCCAUCCCCAGCAAGCCCUCCAUGACCUCCCCUGAGAAGCCCUCAGCUCUGCUUGGUACUUCCCCAGCCCUGCCUCUCAGACCCCAGAACCAGGAGGGCAUCCUGAGCUCCAGCAUCAAGGAGGAGACUCCCAUCCCAACUCCAGGCAGCAUCACCAUCCCCAGGCCACAAGGCAGAAAGACCCCUGAGCUGGGCAUCGUGCCUCCACCACCCACUGCCCGGCCAGCCAAGCUCCAGGCUGCUGGCGGCCCACUUGGUGACUUUUCUUCAGAGCCACUGCAGAUAGACCGGGAAAGACAAGCCGCUCUGAGUCCAGCCCUCCUGUCAGGGCUGGUCCCCAGAGCUGUCCCCCAUGGUCCCACAGAACUUCUGCAGCCACCCAGCCCAGCCCCAGGAGCUGCAGGCACAGGCAGCGAUGCCCUGCUCGCUCUCCUGGAUCCACUUAACACAGCCUGGACAGGCAGCACCAUCCCAUCCCAUCCUGCCACCCCCAGUGCAGCCACCCCAUUCAUCCCUCAGCUCAGCUUCCCCCAAACAGUGACACCCACCCCUUUUGUACAGACACCACUCAAUCCCUUUGUCCCAUCUGUGCCAGUAGUACCACCCACCAUGCCACUGAGCUCUACACCAGCCAGGCCUUUUGGGACCCCUCCAGCAUCCCUAGGGCCAGCAUAUCCACCUAGCAUUCUAUUGUCUAGUUCUGGCUUCUAUGCCCCUCACAGGUCUCAGCCCAACCUCUCUGCUCUCUCCAUGCCCAACCUCUUUGGCCAGAUCCCAAUGGGUGCCCACACUAGUCCCCUGCAGCCACUUGGCCCCCCAGCCGUUGCCCCCUCCAGGAUCCGAACAUUGCCUCUGGCCCGCUCAAGUGCCAGGGCUGCUGAGGCCAAGCAGGGGUUGGCCCUGAGGCCUGGUGAAUCCCCACUGUUGCCUCCCAGACCACCCCAGAGCCUACAGCCAACCCUGCAGCCCUCUGUUCCUACACAGGCCAGAGACCCCUUUGAGGAUUUGCUGCGAAAAACCAAGCAAGAUGUGAGCCCAAGCCCAGCCCCGGCCCUGGCCCCAGCCUCCACCUCCGUGGAGCAGCUCCGCAGACAGUGGGAGACCUUUGAGUGAGCAGGCCUGUGCCACUGUCUAAUACCGUGCCUCCCCAAUGUCCCAUUUCUGGCCAGGUUUCAUGGGGCAAAGGGACUCUGCCCCCUCUCCUCCACAGCCCAUCUCUGAGGCCUGGCCCUGGGAAUGGCCAUCCCAGAAGAGCUGCCUGCCGCCACCCUCGGCACCCUGUGUGGGUUUUGCACUAUAUGUCAACUGGGCCAGCCAUAUCCUACCCUCCCAUAGCCCAAGAGGAGUCAAGAAGCUCGAGGCUGCUCUCAAGCCCAGCUUUCCUCCUUGGCUGGGCCCCACCCCACAGGGCAGAUGUCAGUAACAACCUGUGUAAGCACAGCUUUGGGGGACAUGGGUAUUUGGGGGGCUGAAAUGAGGCCCACUCCUAGGCUGGCAUUUCUCCCUGGUGGUUAUCUCCAAACCUCUCUAGCAAUAUACUCUUUCCUGAGUCUUCACCUAACCACCAACUGGAGUUGUUCCUGAAGGGUCAGGAGUCUGGAGACCUAAUGGUCAGCAAACCCAGUCCCAGCCAGCUCUUCCAGGGGUUUGGAACACCAGCAACUCUAACUUAUAAGAGAAGUCCCAAACCUGAGUCUGAGGAGCCGCCCUCAGCUCUCUGCCACCCUCAUACCUCUGGGCUCUCAUGUCAGUCAAAGCUCAGGCCCAGCCUCCUGCCACUUGGAGCUUUAUGGGCAGAGCUGGGCAACAGUGACCCAGAUUCCAACUCAAAGGACAAGCUUCCUGCCACAGACAAAGGGAGGGAGGGACAGCUGUUAGAGCUCCUAGGUCAGGACCAGGUGGGGCCCCAGGGCUCCCCAGGUUCCCCCAUGGAGUGAAGAUACAUGUGGCCUCUGAGCGUGCGGCAAGUGGGGGCCUGGAAGCCAGCCCUCCCCACUCCCUCCAGCUUCUCAACAGCGCAGAAAUUCCUGAGCCCAAGUCACCAAAGUUAUAAUGAAAUGUUUUGUUAUUGUUUCUUUGAUCUUGCUUUUCCUUUUUACCUUAUUGAUUUGAUGAAUCUUGAAAAUUGAUUCCUUUCAAUAAACCAAGGUAAAACACAGA